AUGUCUGGCUUAUCCUCUAAUGUAGUGAUUCACAGAUUAGUCAUCAAGCCUAAUGCAGUACCUGUCAAGCAAGCUCGAAGAAGAAUGAGAUUAGAAAUUGAAGAAGAGGUGAUUGCUGAAACCAAGAAGCUCAUAGAAGUGGGCUUUUUCCGAGAGGAAAAGUAUGCCGAUUGGAUCGCCAACAUCAUCCAUGUAAAGAAGAAGAAUGGUAAGAUUUGUAUCUGUAUUGAUUUUUGUGAUCUCAACAAAGCGUGUCUAAAAGAUGACUUUCUGCUCCCAGUGUUCGAACUCCUAGUGGACAAUACAUCAAACUAUAAUAUGUUCUCAUUUAUGGACGGAUCAUCGGGCUACAAUCAAAUCAAGAUGGCAUAUGAGGAUGAAAAAUACACAUCAUUCAGAACACCCAUCAGCAUUUUUUGCUACACGGUCAUGCCCUUCGGCCUGAAGAACGCUGGUGCCACCUACCAACGGACUGAGCGCCCACCUCCCUCCUGCUCCAGAUCCUUCUAUUCGGACAAGGGCCAAAACUCCCCAUCCUCCUUCGAUUCUCUUGCCCGAGCAUACCUAGCUAAAGCCCAUACUCCAUCUCUCAUUGCUCUUGUUCAACCCGCCCCAGAGAAGAAGCUGACUAGAUCUCCUCUCCCUUUCGCUCUUCUCUAUUUGCGAGUCCUAGCCGAGCCCCCAUCUCUUUUUCGUCGCCCCCUCUUUGUUCGAGACCAGAGGCAAACCUUUCUUACUCUCGUUUUCACGUGCCAUGGCCGUACCCGACGCCGCCGACCUGCCCUAGCCUCCGGCCACCUCUCCCUUUGUUUUGCCAACAGAAGUUCUCGUCAGAUCUCUGCUUUGAGGCCAGACACAAAGAAGCUGACCAAAGAGGUUUAUGCCAAUUCCUCAAAAGCUGUCUGGAGAGUUCAUGCAGAUUAUUGUGAAGAUCUUCAAACGGAGAGACGCUGUAAUGAGCUUGCACAGGUUGUAGAAAACCUUGGAAAGGAAGUGUUGCCCUUUGAGUUUCGACCAUUGGCACCAAGUCUUUACUGGUCCUUCCAAAGACUGCAAUUCUUAAACACACAGGUUUUGACUUCCAUUAAAUCAGGUAACUUGAUUUUCAUGGUUCACAUCAGUGGACCUCCUACUGGUUGGCGCCCAAGAAUUGCUGAUCUACUAGCUGCAGGUUCGUCGAAGAUGUCAUGUUUGAGUGAAAGAAGUGAACUGAUUUUCCAUUUUUUUUCUCUGAAUGUUGCAUCACUUCCAACUGCACUGUGUCCUUUUGCAUCAUCUUGAAGGUCACCAGGAAAAA